AGAGCGUGAGGGAGAGUUAAUCUAAUACAUGUGCAGUGUGAUUAAAGGAAGAGCUUCAUCGCUGUUGACAUGUCAGAUGAAUGUGAAGCUCAGCGAAAGGAUAUUAAACACACAGAAAUCGCACCGAAAAAAACAGGCAGAGGAAAGGAAGAGAAAGGGUUAAAAGUCCAAAUCUAUAAAGGGGAGCUCUCUCUCUCUCUCUCUCGCUCUCGCUCUCUCUCUCUCUCCCUCCCUCCCCUACCUCCCUCCAUCACUAGGCUGCUCGCUGCCUCUCUCUCCACCUGUUAGUGCGGACCCCUCAUGCACUGACAUCCACCUGUUUGUGUAGGAAUCUCCUCCACUCACACAAUCAGAGACUCUAUGACGGUGCGGAGAGGAAAGAAGCUCAGCAUCUCCAUCCAGGAACACAUGGCCAUUGACGUUUGCCCCGGCCCCAUCAGACCCAUCCGACAGAUCUCCGCCUACUUCCCCCGCCUGUCCCCCACCUCCCCUGGCCCCGUCUCCCCGAACCCCGCCUCCUCCCCGCUGGCCCUCAGCCCCGGCUCAGUGGCCUCCGGGAUGGGCGGGGCUCACCUGCUGUCUCCUCUGCUGGCCCACGGCCGGCCGGGCGGGGGCGGGUCUUUGUCUCUGACCAGCAGCGUGGACACGUCGGUGGAGAUCAACAGCUCCGACAGUGACGACUGCACUGCUCUGGGAACGCUGGAGUUUGAGCUGCGAUACGAGCAGAGCUCCAGCGAGCUGCACUGCACUGUGCUCCGGGCCAAGGGUCUGAAGCCCAUGGACUUCAACGGUUUGGCCGACCCGUACGUCAAACUGCACCUGCUGCCUGGAGCCUGCAAGGCCAAUAAGCUGAAAACGAAGACGAUUCGUAACUCUCUGAAUCCAGUGUGGAAUGAAACGCUCACUUACAUCGGGAUCACAGAGGAAGACAUGCACAGGAAGACGCUCAGGUUGACUGUGUGUGACGAGGACAAGUUGACACAUAACGAGUUAAUCGGAGAGUCCCGGGUGCCUCUGAAACGUGUGAAACCUGACCAGACGAAACAUUUCCACACCUGCCUGGAGCAUCCGCCCCCGCUCCCGUCUCCUACCGCCAUGGGUGAAGCCCUUCGAGGAAUAUCCUGCUACUUAAGAGAGUGGGAGAACGAGCAGCUGCACAGCCUGGAGGAGAGAGGUCGUCUUCUUCUCUCCCUGCAGUUUCUGCCUCCGCUCGGCGUGGAGGAUAAAGACGUGGAGGGCGGAGGAGGAGGCGAAGGACGUCGCAGCGGGGGCCUCUGUGUGGGCGUGAAGCGCUGCGCCCACCUGGCCGCCAUGGACGUCAACGGAUUCUCCGACCCCUACGUCAAAAUAUACCUGAAGCCCGACAUACAGAAGAAGUCCAAGCACAAAACAGCAGUGAUGAAAAAGACCCUCAACCCUGAAUUCAACGAGGAGUUCUUCUACGAAAUCUCCCUGUCGGAGCUGUCCAACAAGACGCUGGAGGUGACGGUGUGGGACUACGACCUGGGACGCUCCAACGACUUCAUAGGUGGCGUCUGUCUAAGCUGUCACUCCCAGGGCGACGCCCUCCGUCACUGGAUGGACUGCCUGAAGAACAAGGGCAGGCGGGUGGAGCGCUGGCACAUCCUGACCAAUGAGCUGCCACGAUCCCUCAGCCACGACUAAAGCCGCGCAGCGUCCCCCGCGCAUGCAGACGGCGGCUGUCAGGGAUCACACGGUUCACAGAGAUCCUCCGCUUACUUUAUGGGACGGACUCGAGCAACUUCACCACAGGAAUCAGCAGCAGUUGAGAGGAAAAGUGUAUUAUAAUAAGAGCCGCCAUGACGGCUGGAGAGCAGGGUGAAGCUGGAGCAGCACGGCGGUGUGCCUUCAUUAAUGAGCAGUGAGUCAUCCAGAAGAAGAAGCUCGUUGGCUCCACGAACGCUGUCAACAUCACACCUGCACUCAGCACCAGGAUACAUUCACACACAACAGGGUCAGACCGAAACACUCGACUCGUGAGCGCUGCAGCUCUCAGCCGGAGACGGCGGGAAGCAAACUGCAUGUUCUUUGUUCUACGACAGCUCGCAGAUUUGUUUUGUAAAUCACAUGACCCGUGCUCUCAGUCGAGGAAAAUUCAGUUCCCAAAAGGGAGAAACUUAAAUGUUAUGUUUUUGGUGUCAUGACCCCCCCCCCGCCCAGUUUUCGUCCUCUUCUUUGCACACAGUCUGACUCCAGUUCGUUCGUUACAUUUGGGUCACAGAGCGAGCAAUCUUUGGAAAACAAAGACUCUUUUAACCAUGUGGAUGAAAAACAUAUGAAAUCAACUGCACGUUAAAAAAGAUCUUUAACACAUUUCCCUCCGUGACGAAGAUGUUAGCUGGACGUGACUUGUCUCCUUGCAGCUUUUGUACAACAUGAGUGUUUUUCUCGUGUUGUACAAAACGUUAUUUCUGGCUACCUGAGUGGAAAUGUUGUCACAAAUUGGGAAACGGGUUCUGUCUUGUCGUGCAGCAGAUCGAAUAUGUUUUCAUCCAGACUGUCAGGAGAGAUUUUGAACAGUGGUUUUAUAUUUCCAUGUUUAUAUAUUUACCUUUCAGAACAGCAGACGCUGAGCUCUGUGGCUCGAAUGUAAUGUGAUCUGAACCUCAACCGACACUCAGCUUUCUAGCUCGUGUCUCUUUCUUUUCAAUUCAAAUUAGCUUUAGAAGCAUGACCACGAUUAAGUACAGUACUGCCAAAGCAUGUUGUGCUGGGUUUACCUGUCCGUAUGAUUCAGAACGUGAGACACAAGCAUGGACAUGUCUCGUGUUGCACCUUCGCUGGCUAAACAAACAUCUAUUGGUGAAAUGUACGCUGCUGGCUGUAAGUUCCCUAACCCCCUAACCCUAACACGGGACCCCGGGAACACAGGACCCUUUGUCAGGUUCCCAUUAUGUGCCAUUUAAAUCUGGGGAACAUAGGAAUGACCCCCGUCGAACAGCUUCACAACUUACCUGCUAAUGUCCACACGGUGCGAUCACCCCUCCGGCGCGUCAGCUGCAGUUACCACGGCAGCUUUGUUUACAUUGUGUCUCUGUUAGCGUCGCCGUGAUGGACUCGGAGAGCAUUUGAUCAAAUUCAGAUCCAGCGUUGAAUCCACUUACCGAAUCCUUUCAAAGUCCUUUAUCAGUUUCAACCUUUUAUUGGCCAAGAAGACCGAAACUCAGCAGUUUCUUAAUGCUGAAAAUAUGAAGCGUAGAUUAAAUGCAUCCGACACCUUCAGCGAACAGCUGCAGCCUCCAAAUACUGAAGCUCCUGGUUCUCAGCGACGAAGCGGAUUAAAAUGGUGAUGGGAUGAAUCAAAGUUUACCUGGGAGAUGAGUGAGGUGAUCAGCUGAUCGCUCGUUUCUCUGGAGAGGAGUCACCGCUCUGUUGAACUACAAAAACACGGCGGUGUUACAGAGCGAUGCCUCCUUACACUCACAAAUACAGACACCAGCUGCAGAGAGCACGUUUCAUUUUAGUCUUUACUGAAUUAAUGCUAAUUAGCUACAGCUGAUCUAAUCUCAUUUUAACCAGACAGUCGGCUAAAGACGAGAAGCUGCUGGCUGGCUAACGUGCUACUAAUGUACUUUCAAAGUUUGUUUUCACUUUUAACGCCAAGAGUAGUAAGAGUAAAGGCUUUUAGGAUGACGACUCACUGAUGUAACUCUAUCUCAGGUAGCAGCGGCUGGGGUUAAAGGGCAGGACACAGCCGCUAACGCUAGCUUCAACUCUGAUAGCAUUCAUAGCUCCUUGGCCUUGGAAGUAACGCUCUUGGUAGCGAGCUAGCUAGCUGGACGCGCUAACGACACGCAUGCUUUAAACUGAUUUUGUGUUUUGGUUUUGUAAAGGCUGGAAAAGACUCCACACUGCUGUGCCUAGUUACGGUUGCUAAGCUAUGAUUGGACAAUCGCUGUUCAGGGGUGGGGGGGCAUAAAAAGAUCAUGAACAUCUACAGAAAGUAUGAGCCAUCAUUUAAAAACUGUAUCGGCCUCACGUUUGAAACGCUCCUAUCGGUCGAACCCUGAUAUAAUCUGAGGUUGCUUCACUUCAUUUCUCCGGUAUUUGCCGCGCUGCGUAACGCACGGACCACGUCUCUACUGCACUCCUUAAUACGACUGUGACAAAACUAACAGCAUCCUAUUGUUGCCAUGACUGAUGAUGAUGAUGAUGAUAUAUCAAUACAAGUGGUUCUUCCUUGUUGUCGCAUGAUGCAAUAUGUUGAUAUACUUCUUUAUAUCUCUAUACUCCCCCCUGCCUGUUUUCUAAGUGUUGACGUGAGACGUGAUGAGGCAUUCAGGUACGGCUCCUGUUAAGAUCCUUCUGUUUACGGUGUUAUUGCUCAUCUUCUCUGCACGAGCGAACGUAUGAAUGUGGCUUUCUAUACGAUAUCGUCGAACUGUUGUUUACACUGUGCUUUACAGUCGUUCUUACAUUUCUAUCAGGUGUUUUAUGUACGAUGCAACAAUAAAUUUGGAAUGCAACACAGA